CUGCUGCGCACGUAAACAUUACGGGAGAGAACUUUGAGCCGCUUUCAAAGUGACCAGGCACCGGCGUACGCGAGAGUUUCGGAGCAGUUUAGGUUUUUAUUGAGUGAAUUGACCCGAGUCUUGAACACAACUCUACAGAGAUCACUGACCUGAAUGACUUUGUGAACUUAACCUAAAACUGGCAGGUCAAUGAAUGUUUUGUAUCAGGGCCGUGGUCACUUUGCGUUUGUCCCAGCAAUGUACACAUCAAGUAUAUGACUCGAGACCCAAUGAUGAACAAGAGGGUAGUAGGUCAUGGAAAAGCCAUAGGAUGUAUCAUCAGAUUUUAAGGAAGAGUGGAAUGAUGGGAUGGAUUCAAAGACCACAGAAUAUGAAACACUGGGACCAGAUACUGAAAUAGCUUCCAGUUUUCAAACAGAUGUAAUGGAAGCUGCAAGUCCAUCAGUUAUACAAUCCAAAGUUACCAAUGAGGAGGCCACCACUUCUGGUGUGAAUGUUGAAUGCCGAAUAUGUGGUGAUAAGGCUUCAGGCUUCCAUUAUGGAGUACAUGCCUGUGAAGGUUGUAAGGGUUUCUUCCGAAGAACAAUUCGCAUGAAGCUGGAAUAUGAGAAAUGUGAUCGCAACUGUAAGAUUCAGAAAAAGAACAGGAAUAAGUGCCAGUAUUGUCGCUUCCAGAAGUGCCUGGCGUUAGGGAUGUCACACAAUGCCAUCCGUUUUGGCCGAAUGCCUGAAGCAGAGAAGAAAAAGCUAGUUGCGGGACUUCUAGCUGGUGAAGCAACAGUUCAGAAUCCACAGAUAGCUGAUUUGAAAUCACUGGCAAAGCAUGUUUACAAUGCAUAUCUAAAGAACUUCAAUAUGACUAAGAAAAAAGCACGAGAUAUCCUAAGUGGAAAGGCUACCAAAGAUCCUCCUUUUGUUAUUCAUGACAUGGAAACUCUUUGGCAGGCUGAAAAAAACUUAGUUUGGAAACAAUCAGUAAAUGGAAUUCCGAACAAAGAGAUUGCAGUUCACGUCUUCCACCGUUGCCAGUGUACAACUGUUGAAACCGUAAGAGAACUGACUGAAUUUGCCAAGUGCAUCCCUGAAUUUUUAAACCUUUAUCUGAAUGACCAGGUGACAUUACUAAAAUAUGGUGUUCAUGAAGCCAUUUUUGCCAUGUUGGCAUCAAUUAUGAAUAAGGAUGGUCUUCUCGUGGCUAAUGGAAAUGGAUUUGUUACUCGGGAAUUCUUGAGGAGCCUGCGCAAGCCGUUCAGUGAAAUUAUGGAACCCAAAUUUGAGUUUGCAGUGAAGUUCAAUGCCUUGGAACUGGAUGACAGUGACUUGGCUCUUUUUGUAGCCACCAUUAUAUUAUGUGGAGACCGUCCUGGGUUAAUGAGUGUGAAGCAGAUUGAAGAAAUGCAGGACAGCAUUCUCCAAGCAUUGAGCCUACAUUUACAAGCCAACCAUCCAGACUCUCAGUACCUCUUUCCAAAGCUCCUCCAGAAAAUGGCUGACCUGCGCCAGCUAGUCACUGAGCAUGCACAGCUUGUUCAGAAGAUUAAGAAAACUGAAGCAGACACUUCAUUACAUCCGCUGCUACAAGAAAUCUACAAGGACAUGUAUUGACAAACAUUGCACAUUCACUAUUCAGCUUAAUAUAAUACUCCCCAGACACCCCAUUCCCACAACUAACCGACACGACUCCAAUGAAUUCUCAUCAAAGGUUUUCUUGAGAAUACAUAAUAGAUCUGUAACUAGGUACUCCUCAUUUGAAUUUUCUGUUCUUCAGUUAGGUGGUUGCAGCUGACUUAUUUGAAAUCAGCUGAACAGACUUCGAUUACAGCUGAAGAAUGUAUGAAAAUCUACAUAUUUACAACACUACUGACAUACGGCAAUAAAUAUGAUUUUGUGUUGUAAUUUGAACUUGGUUACAGUAUUAAUACCUCUGCUAGGUAGACACAACUAUUGUAAAAAGCAAAGUUUAUAGAACUAUCCAAUGGUACUGUGCUUGCUGAGCCUAACAGCGCAUAUCUGUUUGGUCAGUCUUAAUUUUGAUAUAAUUUGAGGGUAUGGAAAUUAUUAUAAAAUUGCUACAAUAAAUGUAGCUUAUACUGUAUAACAGUCUAUUGUAGAGAAUGACUUGCUCCAAGAAGUACUUGGUUAAGAAUGUGCAUAAGUUUAUAGAGCUGGUCAUGGACUUGUAGCAUUUGUUGGGGGGUGGGGGGGAAUACAUUUUUCAAAAAGACUUUGUGUGCAGCACUUUGAAGUUUUUCAGAAAUGUGAUGAGGUGCUUAGGUAAAUGUAAUUCUUUAGUGCAGAAGAAUUUCAUUUAAAUUUUCAAGUUGCCUUUAUUCAAAUUUCUGUAUCUGACAGCCAUACAUGCUGACCAAAUUCUUUUGAGGACAGGUUUGUAAAUUCCUUGUUGAGCAUUGACGUGCAGAAUUGGGGGGAAAAACUGAUCUCUUAUCUAACUUGGCUCCCAGUCAGUAUUUACAUUUAUUCUAUCUGUAGUAUGCUUACAGUCUUCAUUUUUAAUGAGCAUUCCUUCCUCACUGUGGUUAAAGUGCAAAAUAUUUACACUCAUUUUAAUAAAGCUCUCUGUUUAUAUCAUGAAGACUAUUUUAGGGGGAAAUAAUAUAGCCAUAAACUUAAGUAGCAAAAUUUACCGUAUACGAAAGCAAUGAACUUGUAACGUUUUGCAAAUUAGUCAUGAAAUAUUUGGUUAAAAUUGUUCUACAUUAAUUGUCAAAUUCAUAUUUGGCCUUCACAUUAAAAUUGCUGAUUUGGAAUUUCCAUGGGAAAUUGACAUGUUCUAUUAGUUCUGUUUUGUGUUCUGUUGUGCUGCUCAUUAGCACAAGGAUACAUCAGUGUUUUCUUUUCACUACUGUAUUUCUAUAUUGUAGUGAACUUCAAUAUUUUCACAUUUUUGGGUUGUGCUGAAUUCCAAUGGAUCUGAAAAUACUGCAGCUUGCUCUAUAUGUGAUUUUUAAUGAGGAAUGCUUCAAUAAGCUAGUAAAACAAGAGUUAAGACAGACCUCCCAAGUUACUGAUUUUAUGACUGGUUGACAGACUUUGGCUUCAGCUAUGACACUGGAAUGUUAUAUAUCAAUUCAAAAAUGAAUACAUUCAGCAAUAGAUAAUACUGGAAAUUCAAAUCUAUUAAUAUUUGAAGAGCAAAAAAUUAAGUUCUAGUUGUUGUCCCUCAAAAUUAGUCUAUUUUUCAGAUCCUGUUGGACUUGUAUUGCAUUUCCAACAUUUUCUGACUUUAUUAAGAUGUCUGGCUUUCAGGUUUUUGUUUUCUGUUGCAUGAUUCACACCCUUAAACUUGUUCCAAAGUAGAGCCUAUACUAAAUUUUAAUUCGGUGCAAAUUUGAUAAUUGGAAUCAUGAAUAGCCCACGUUAGCCAGUGUGAUGUGGUUAAGCCAUAAAUGGACAUUUUUCCAUAAGACCACAAUAAAUUCCAGUGUUAACAUUUUA